AUGGACAAGUUCAUGGUACUGGACGGCGAUUUUAAAGCUGAACUUCGUCGUCAUUUUCCGGAGGCCGAAAAUUUUGGGAACGCUUUCACUCUACACGCACUCAAGAAGGAUCGGUGGGCCGUAUUCAAAACUCACUUAGCUUUUUUGCGAGCUGGCGCCCAGAUAAUAAGAACUAAUACAUAUCAAGUCUCCAUAGGUGCUGUUGCAAGACAUUUGAAUUUACCUCCGAUUGAAUGUGCGGAAAUGAUACAGCGAGCCGUGAAAUUGGCCAAACAGGCCGUAAUGUGGUAUGGCGAAAAGACAGGAGAGGAUACAAGUUCCGAACAAUUUGAAACGCACCGACCUUUAAUAGCCGGAUCUUGCGGCAGUUACAUGGUUUCGCUUCUCGACGAUACAUCUGAUAAAUGCAAAGUCAAAUCAACGGAUAUCGCGAUUCAAAAGUCGGUAUCAUAUUUAAAGUUGUUUCACAAGCAACAUAUACGAGAGUUAUUGGAGGCUGACGUCGAUCUGUUGGCAUUCGAAUCUAUACCUUCUAAGAAUGAAGUUAAUGCGAUAAUUGAUGCGCUAAAGGACCAUCCAAAAAUCUGUGCUUGGAUCACAUUCUACUGUCCUCAGAAUACAAACCUAGUGGAUGGAUCAGACUUUGCACAAACAGCUGUACACUGUUACAAUUCCCUGCCUGAACAAAUUAUCGCGAUCGGUGCUGAAUGCGAUUCGCCGACAGCAAUGACACAGUUGAUGCGAAACCUCAACAACAGCAGAAAAUCUAAGAUACCGUUUAUGUUAUGUGCUGACAAAAAUUUUUUGCCUACUACGAGAAACGCUUCUGUAUCUAGCGCGGCGCAGCAGCACAAUUUCGUGCAGGAAUGGUGGGACGCUGGAGUACGUUACAUCGGGGGUGGUACUGACACAGUUGCGGAGGAUAUACAACACAUUUGCAAAAAAGUAGAGUAUUUCUGUGAGUCCACGGGCGAGCUUUUCCUUACCGGCAAGCCAUGUUCUUACCGAAAUAAGAAACAUCUGUUCAAGCUAUAA